AUGUUGAUGGGGUUGGGAUGGGUGGGUACGAUUUUGGUAGGAGCUGGUUGGCUUGCUUUAGGGUAUUACUUUGGCGUGCAUCACCCUCCUGCUCACAUUAUUUUCUUAGCCAGACUCGUUAAGCAAGCUGCACUUGCCAAUGAUUCUAAUAAUGGAAAGAAUAAGACGAAGAAGAAUAAGCAUAACAAGGACAAGCCUAAAGACCCUCUAGAGAUUGAAAAUCUCGCCGACACUCUUGAAGAUUUCAAAAUGGUUUUGGUGGUCAUGAAGGAUAUAAAGAUGGGUAAAGGGAAAAUUGCCGCUCAAUCAGGUAGUUAUAGAUACUUUUUGCUUUCCUUUUGUGUUUGGUGCACUAAAAUUCGAACUCUUUAUCUGAAUGUUUAUGUUCAUCAUUUAGUCAUGCGACCUUAG